GAUUUUGCUCUUCAGUACUAGGAGCUGUGCAUUCAGAAGCAUUUCUCUCUAUGCAAUCUAAUCCUGAGAGGACCCUAAACGUACGCUACUACAGAAAGGCACAGAGGCCUUGCACACAUCAUCGCCUUUGAUUCCCUUGCCCCGAAAGCCAAGGCUUGUAGAUUGAUCGCGAACCCGGGCAGCUAUUCCGUAGGGCCUCUCUGGAACACACUAACCAGCUUAGCAUCUUAGCUGACAGCUAGCAGACUAUAGCUGAUCGCGGACGAGCUGACGUUUGAGUCGACUCAAAAGUUAGUCCGUUGGGGGCUCUCUAGAACACGCUAAUCAGCUUAGCGUCAUCGUAGCUGACGGCUAGCAGACUAGAGCUGGUCGUGAAAACGCGUCCGCAGAGGCUGCCCUGACUCGCAGUUUUUCUAGCAUCGCAAAAUUUUAUAGCACCGAUUCCUCCGGCAUCGCCCAAUUUCUCUGGCAUCACAUUUCCGCAGCCUUGCCCCUACCACCGCAGCCUUGCCCCUAGCACCCCAGCCAAUCUCUGAGUCCGCAAUUCUACUGCCGUGGCCUCUCAAUUCUACUGCCGUGCCGUAACCUCUCUUAUCUCCCGCAAACUCACCACUGCCCUGCAGCAAGCGUUUUCGCGAAAGUUUAGCGGGUCUGCCACACCUUACCCUCACAAUCAUCGGAUCUGAAAUAAAAGGAGGACUUAAGCCUAGUUGGAACCGAAACUGUCCAUUUCCCUAGGCAUCUCAGCCGCUUACCGGCGAAUAACGCGAGACAGGGUGAUGAGUCGCACGGUCGCCUGCUCUCGCACUGCGACUCGGGCGACCGGCGUGCGACGGAACGGAUUGCCGAACAAUCAUGCGAAAGAGUCAGCGACACGGUCGUUGAGAUGGCUGACUGUCGUUUGGCUUGUCGCUGUGGUCGCAGGAGCGGCCCCGACGUCGCAGGCCGGAGUUGCGACCGCAAAGGCUGCGCCCAUUCGCAAGCAGUACAUAGUGCACCUGGCGGGCGUGCCGCCGGUGCUUAACUACCGCGGCGGCGUGCCGGGGCUGGCGGCGACGGCCCCCGAGCUCGACGACAACGACCCCGAGAGCAGCCCCACUGACGCCGACGACAACGAUAGCGCGCCGAUUGACAGUUCCGGUGGCGGUUCAGGUGCCGGCUCAGGUGCCGGCUCGGGUGGCGGUUCUGGGUGACUCAGGUGGAAAUUCAGGCGGUUCUGGAGGAGAUUCAGGUGGUUCUUCAGGUGAAUUUUCUUCGGCAGGUGGAGGAGGAGGAGCAGUCUCUGCGGCGGGUGGUGGCACGGAUGCUACAGCCGGGGGAGCUACAAACGGGGACGCUACAAGCGGGGACGCUACAACUGGCGCUACGAACGCCACGCUCGCUGCAGCGGCGCUCCAAGGCGUCAACUCGGGUCGAUUCGCCACCGUUACUAGCACACCCGGCAUAACCACAAGCUUCGCUACAAAGGGGUUCGUGACUACCGCGCAAGGAGGGUUUCGGGAAACGACGUCGCGGAUAUCCGCGGAAGGACCAGCGGUAACUGCGCUGAGGGCGAUUCGGCGGCUGGCGGACAGAAUCAAGCGGCGCGCGGACGUGCGGAGGGCGAACGUGAAGGUUUUCGUCGACUUUUUGCGAGAUUCGCAGCGACGGUUUUUGCAGAAAGCUAACAUUUCGCCGUCGCAGAUGUUCCAGAGCUACAGUUAUACGGUUAACGGGUUCGCUGUAUCGCUGACAGACGCCGAGGCGAAGCGGCUGAAGCAGAACCGCGACGUGGCGUGGAUCGAAGAAGACCAACCGGUUCGUGCUCUCACUGUAGACUCGCCAACUUUCUUGAAGCUGCCCACGAGCCUAUGGCUGAAAACGGGGGGCAGAGCCGGGCGGGCGAGGAUGUGAUUAUAGGCGUGGUGGACUCUGGGAUCUGGCCAGAACACCCCUCAUUCGCAACAAUCCUGCAGACCCUAUGGCCCUGUCCCCCGCGCGCUGGUUCGGCGGGUGUGCGGCAACGGCAGACUUCCCUGCCUCUCUUUGCAACGGCAAGCUGAUCGGGGCCAAGUUUUUCAACAGCGGCUUUCGGAAUCCGGGCAGGGCGUGGACCCGGUGAACGACUUUCCGUCUGCCCGGAUGGCGACGGGCACGCACGUGGUGUGCGGGAGCCGCUGGCGCAACGCCAACGUGAGUGUGACAAUGAACGGCCGCAGCUACGGGGCGGCCAGUGGCGUGGCGCCACGCGCGCGCAUCGCCAUGUACAAGGCGCUCUGGGUGGUCAAGGAUGGGGGGGUCUGGAACCAACGCCGAUAUACGUGCCGCUGUCGACACUGCUGUGGCCGAUGGGGUGGACGUGCUCUCCCUCUCACUCGGAGGCUCGGUUCCGCAGUACUUCUCGGAUAUACCCUACAUGAAUGCGGCCAAGGCGGCAGGUGUUUGUGGCGCUAGCAGCGGGCAAUGCCGGCCCGCCCUCCCCAUGAGAAUCAUCGGGACCCUGAGCAACGCUGCUCCGUGGUACCUCACAGUGGGCGCAACCACCAUCGGCCGCGAUUACUACGCCACUCUGAGCCUCGGCAACGGGGUGGACGUCAGGGGAGUGAGCUUCGGGGCAACGCACAGACGGUUGACAAGCCCCUGCUGUCGGCGGCUGCUGUUGUCAAGUCAGGGGCGUCUGCUUCCGAUGCGGCCCUAUGUGACAUCACUGCCAUUGAUCGAACCAAGGUUGCGGGCCGAAUCAUCGUGUGCACGUACCAGCCAUCCGCCACAAAGUCUACCGGCAUCCCAAUCAACACCCUCGCCUCCUACAAAGCAGCAGCCUCAUCCUCCUUAGUGGCUCACCCGAUACAGACAGCAUGCCAAUGCUUCCUUUCACGGAGCUGCCCCUCCUCUACCUCAAAAACUCCCAGGGCGUGCAGGUGAAAAACUACCUGCAGCAGGCAGCCAAUCCCGUGGCGACACUUGGCGAAGUCGAAACCACUAACACCACCAACGCCCCCAAAUGGCAUUUUUCUCCUCCACUGGUCCAACCAUCAACCCAGCCCUUUUCCCCAUCCCCUCCUUCCUCCCCACUAACGACAUCUUAAAGCCCGACAUUGUAGGCCCGGGCUUCCAGCUCUGGUCGUCGUACCGAGGCAAGAGCGCAGCUUCGGCAGCCACCGACCCUCCCAGGUUCAACUGCAUUUCUGGAACCUCCAUGGCAACUCCCCACCUGGCUGGCAUUGCCGCCCUAUUAAUCCAAAAGAACCCGGGA